AUGGCUAGGACGAGAAAUAAUCCAACCGACCGACCACCACUUCGACCACCUACGCGCCGCUCAUCUCGAUAUGCGACAACCGGCGACACUCCCGUUCCGACGAUGCAUCCAUCAACGCCUCUCUCGCCGGACCCCAUUGCAUUCGCUCCACCAAUGACGGAACCCUCCACCACCAUCGCCGGUCUACCCACCACCGUCACCGUCGAUUACGACGAGUUUCAUGCUGUCGUUACCCCGGUAUGUAUCAAUCCUACUCCUCCCCUAUUCUCUACCAUUUUCACCCCCUCCACCAUUAUACACACUAACCCAACCCCUGGCGCCGGUUCGUCUUCUGUGCGACCGCCGGCCGCCGUGGCACCUCCUCCAACCGCCCCAACACCACGACCCCUUUUCCUAGCCCUAACCAAUCCACCCUCUAUGACCCCUCUAUCUAACCCCCUUCGAUCCACCGCCGAACAACCCUUUAGGCUCGGGGUAUGGGUCAGCAACUUGGCUGUCUGUUUUGGCACUACAGUGGGAGGAAACGAAUCAGAAGUUAGAGGAGAUCUUGAAGAAGGUUGGAAGCCUUGA